CCUGUUAUCAGCCUUGGCUCAGUUGUCUCCAUAAACUCAAGAAAAGCAUAACAAAUUAUCUUUUACUGUUAGAAUUUACCAUAAAAAUUAUACAUUCUGUAUUAUGACAUACGCAACCACUGGGGGGCAGUAUUGGAGACUAAGUUGGCCAAUAUGGUGUUUUUUUAUUUCCAAGUACGUGCUUUUUUACAUAUAUUUUGCUGAUGUCAUUCAUGAAUUUACAUUAUGUUAGCAUUUAAUGCGUUAUAAGUAUUUCCACAAAGCGUAGCUUGCGGUGGAAAAUAGCUUGGACCUGUGGUUUUGUAAAAUAAAAACGGGGGAUAUUUUUGUGACUGUACAGGUAUUGAUUGUUCCAUUUCGUCCUGGUCUGGGCGCAGGGUGCCACUAAAGGGAUUCCCCACCUCGGAGCUGCGUGGGUUGAGCUGAGUUUUACAGAAAUGAAGGCGCGUUUGCUCCCCAUCUUCUUUAGAACCUUUGACAGACUCCUCCCUGUAAGAGGAAAAAAAAAAAAAAAAAAAAAAAGAAAAGACGCAAUAACGUUUAUAGGACCCCGAAAGUUGCAUUACAGAUUUCCGCGGUGGACCCUACAUCUCUAAAGAUGAACCCGGAUGAAGACAAUGGUCUGUCGGGCAGCUGCGGCAACGGCAAGCUGAGGCAGUGGCUGAUAGAGCAGAUUGACAGCAGUAGAUAUCCUGGUCUGGUUUGGGAAAACGAUGAGAAAACCAUCUUUAGGAUUCCGUGGAAACACGCAGGAAAACAGGACUACAACAGAGACGAGGACGCGGCACUCUUUAAGGCAUGGGCAAUGUUCAAGGGAAAAUUUAAGGAAGGAGUUGACAAACCAGAUCCCCCCACAUGGAAAACCAGACUACGCUGUGCCCUUAAUAAGAGCAACGACUUUGAUGAAAUUGUGGAAAGAAGCCAACUGGACAUCUCAGACCCAUACAAAGUUUACAGAAUCAUUCCAGAGGGAGCCAAAAAAGGUAUAAAAAUGAGCCGCAUGGAGGAGACACCAUCCCAGCCACUUGGAUAUAUUCCGCCGUAUACGUCACUUCACAACCAGGUACCCAGCUUUGUGGUGUCUCCAGAAAGAAGGGACUGGAGAGAUUAUCAUGCACCGCCAGAACAACAUUCUCUUUCUAACGCAAAUCACCAUGGACAACAUGCAGACCUGCAGUACGGUCAAUGCCACUACCAGUCACCGAUCAGCCGAGUUUGGCCUGGUUCGCACACAGAAAAUGGUUUUCAGCUCUCAUUCCACACGUACUUUUCAGAGUCUCAGCCACCAAUGUAUACAAUGGACCACAACAAUGCCAUAUCAGAUGUCAGCCUGCAUGUGUCCCUUUACUACAGAGAAACACUGGUGAAAGAAGUCACUGUCACCAGUCCAGAAGGUUGUCGGAUCACCUCCGCCUCCCCAUCCUCUUCCUCCUCCUCUUCUCCAUGCCCAGAGGACAAGUUUCACAACAGCGCGGAAAUCGUUCUUUUUCCUUCCCCCUACCCCGAGUCUCAGAGGCAAGGAGCCGAGAUGCUUCCCAACAUCCUGGAGAAAGGGGUGCUCCUAUGGAUGACGGCUGAUGGGCUCUACGCCAAGCGCCUGUGUCAGGGACGGGUGUACUGGGAAGGACCUCUGGCUCCAUAUGUGGAUAAACCCAACAAGUUGGAGAAGGAGCACCCAUGCAAACUGUUUGACACCCAUCAGUUUCUUAUUGAUCUACAAGAUUUUGCCCAUAAUGGUCGUCACCUUCCAAGACACCAGGUGGUACUUUGCUUUGGAGAUGAAUAUCCUGAUCCGCAACGUCCCAGGAAGCUCAUCACAGCACAAGUGGAGCCAAUGUUUGCCAAGAAGCUGGUCUACUAUUACCAGCAGAACGCUGGGCAUUACCUGCGAGCCUACGAUCACAUUCAAGAACAGAACACCUCUCCAACAAUUGACUAUCCUUCUCAGAGACCCAUACAGCAUAUUCAGGAGUGAAAGGCAUGCCAACAUAGCCACCACACCACACAAGCACAUAAGCAAGAAGGAUAUUAAUGUGAAUGUAAAGCUGUGAAUGUGUAUCAUGCCUUAAAACUGCAAUACCCAUGUGUACUGUAAAUGACUGGUUUAGGCAGUGAGGGGCUGAGAUGGGGAAGACCCUGUACGUUUUUACACGCUUGUUGUAUCAGGGACUGGGGAGUAAGAUGUUAUUUUUUUCUUCUUCAGCAAAUAUUAUUGUGACAGUGUGAAGGAUGCGGUUUGAGGGUGGGGGAGAUGAGCGGAGAGGAGGGCAAGCUGAGACAGGAAGUACUAGCACAGGUGCACAGGAAGAAUGGCCCCUAAGACAAACACUGAUAUGUCUGCGACAUAAGCCAGUCUGAAUGAAUGGUUAUUAUUCACAGGUAACAGUAGUUCUUUCAUUUCGUUUACUGGCGCUGCAUUCUCAAUGCAGCUCAUUUACUUUAUAAUCUACAACACUUGGCAUGCAAGAUUAACAAAGUAGACACGAGACAUAUGCUUAUGAAAAAACGCAGCACAACAGUGAAUUUAUUCUACGGCAAGUUUUUGAAGCUCCCCAACUUGUGAUUUUUUUUCUUUCAUGUGUGAUUGACACGUCUUGUUUAUUCUGGCCUUUUGUUUGACUUUUCGGUUUCUUGUGAAAUACUGUAUAGUUUAACUUCUUCAAGCCUGGGAAUAAAUAUUUUUAAAAAACA